AUGAAGUUUGGAAAGUAUCUUGCUAGUAGACAGUUAGAGUUACCAGAAUAUUCUGGUCAUUUUAUUGAUUAUAAAGCUUUAAAAAAAUUAAUCAAACAAUUAGCAAUACCUUCAACUGCUUCAACCACUACUACUACAACUACAACAGGUUCACCACCUAUAAUAACUACAACUACUGCUUCUUCACAACAAGAAAUACAACAAACACUUAAAGAAAAUAGAGCUCAGUUCUUCUUUAGAGUAGAACGUGAAUUAGAUAAAGUUAAUUCAUUUUAUCUUGAAAAACAAGCAAAUUUAGCCAUUAAUCUUGAUUUAUUAUUAAUGAAGAAACAUGAAUUAUUUGCUAAAUCAAAUGAAUAUAUCCAUCAACAUGGUAAUACUUCCACUAAUAAUAAUAAUAUCAAUGCUAAUUUUAAAAAUUCAAUUUCAUUUCUUAAUUUAUAUCAAAAUUUCAAAAAGAUUCAUCAAGAUUUAAUUAGAUUACAACAAUUUAUUGAAUUAAAUGAAACUGGGUUUUCAAAAGUUGUUAAAAAAUGGGAUAAAAGAUCUAAAUCAAGAACAAAAGAAUUGUUUAUACAAACCGCUGUUAGUGUCCAACCAGUAUUCCAUAAGAAUGAAAUUAAUGAAUUAAGUGAUUUGGUUACUCAAUCAUUAUUUGAUAUAGAAUCGAUUAUGGAAGGUGAUUAUACUUCCCUUCAAGCUUUAAAUGGAACUUCUGUUCCAACUUCAACCAGUGGUGGACAACCACAAAUAUUGAAUUCAUUAUCUAGAGAUAAUCUGACUACAAAUAUAAGCUCAGGUCUAGCAAAUACUGAUUUAUCAAAUCCACAAUUCACCACGUUUUCAAGAAGUUCUUCAAUUGUUAAUAUACAAAAUAAUGAAGUAGAUGAACUUUAUACUAGUUUUGUUAAUGUUGCCACAAUUAAAGAUCCUGAUUUAUCUUUACUUGCACAAUGGAUAGAUAAAGUGAAAAGCUCAUCCAAGGGUUCUUCUGGAAGUGCUAAAUCUACCGCGGAAUCAGGUUCAAAAUUUAAUUCCCUUGCCAGAUAUAAAAUCACCAAAAUUUUAUUAUUAUCAGUUGGUAAUUUGAAAAUAUCCGAUAGUUUCCUUGAAUCAUUUCUUCAUUUAAUUGAUUGUGACGUGGACUUCACGUUUAUAAAUGAUGAUUUCAAUAAUAAUAAAAACAUCCUUCAUGAAUGUUGUUCCAUCCCUCCUGCUUCUACUCAUGAAAGUCAUGUUAUAAUAAAUAAUGGAGUUAAAGUUCUCAACUCAAUUGAUUCCGUUAAUCAUUCAAGGACAUUCAUCGUUAACUACAUAUUUGAAAAACUAACUGAAGCUGAAAGAAUCAGUUUAUUAACUGGUAAAGAUUUUGCCGGAAGAACUUGUUUACAUUAUGCAUCUCAAAAUAAUAGAAGCGAUUUACUUGAUAUAAUACUACCAUUUUUCCCUAAAGAACAUAUAGAUAUCAUGGACAAUGAUUCAAUGACAGCUUUAUUAUUAACUAUCAAACAUGGACAUUUCAAUAUCAUGAAAAAAUUACUUCAAUAUGGAGCAAAUGGAUUCCCCCAAGCAGAUAAAGGUAAAUUACAAUAUCUUCCAAUAAAUUACGCAUGUAGAUUUGGAGAUUAUAAAACAGUAGAAUAUUUAUUAUCAUAUGAUAAAUCAGGAGAAAUUAAAAAAGUCAUGAAUCAACAAGAUGUAGAAGGAUUAUUACCAUUACAUGUAGUUUCAAGAUCGGGACAUUAUAAAUUAAUCAAAUUAUUAAUUCAAUAUGGAGCUGAUGUUAAUAAAUUGGAUGGAUUUAAUAAAUGGACUCCAAUUUUCUAUGCUGCUUCUGAAGGACAUGUUAAGACAACUCAGGAAUUGGUUAAAUUGGGAGCGAAAUUAAAUGUGAUUGAUGAAGAUGGAUAUAAUGUAUUAUAUUAUUGUGUUGUGGAGGGACAUAUUGAUGUUGUGAAUGAAUUAUUGAGUUAUUAUACCACAAUUGAGAAUGUUGAAGGUAUUUGUUGUGGAUUAACUACAAAUAAUAAAAUUGCUAAUUUGAAUGAAAUGGUGUCGGUGGAUUCUGGUGAUAAAGUUAUUCAUGAUACGAUUUUAAAUGAUGAUGAUUCUGAAGAUAGUGGGUCUAUUGAAAAGAAUGUGGAUAGUAUUCCUGAUUUACAAUUACCACCUCCAAUAUUACCAUUGAGACGUUAUGGACAUAAUUUCUUGGAACAGAAAGUAUUGAUUGAAUUGAUGUUCCCAGCUGAUAGUUCAUUUAUAAAUUUGUUUAAUUCAACUACUGAUUUAAAACCAGGUAGAAUUACACUUACUUCCAAUAUUUCCGAUAUUAUCCCCAGAAAUAUCUUAUUACCAAUUGGUGAUGAAACUAAAGCCAAUAAUAAUACUGUUUUCCAAACUGAUAUUGAUACCUUACAUGAAUUUAGAAUUGAUUUUGAAAUUUUCCCUAAAUUCGGGACAAGAUUAAUUGCGAAAACUACCGCAUUAUCAUUCUCAGAACUUGAUACAUCAUCACCUGAAUUAAGUACUAUUCAAUUACCGUUAUUUGAUUUAAGAUUAAGAAAUAUUGGAGAAAUUAAAUUUAAUUAUCAAAUAAUUUUCCCAUUUUCAGGUACAUUAUUAGAAACUUCAAAAUUUGAUACAUAUUGGAAAUCUUCAACUAGUUUUGUCAAAAAUAGACAAACUUUGAAAUUGAAUGCCGCUGGUGGAUUAUCUCCAAAUAAUUUCUUGUCGCCCGGGAAUUUAAACUCCAAUGUCAAUGCACCUGCAACUACUGCCGCUGCGGUAGCUCAUCCUGCUCCAUCUGAACUCAUGGCCUCGUCAUCUAUAGUUACCGCCACUUCACUUUCUGGAGAAUAUUUACGAGUAAAGAUUUGUUUAUUGAAUGAUGGUACUCCAGUAGUAUGUCCCCAUUGGUCGAUUCCAUUAACGGAAAAGAUUGAUUUAUAUUUACCUAAUUUAUCAUUAGAACAAUUAACUUCCAUAACUGAUGAUUUAUUCGAUUAUAGUAAAGUGAUUCAUGAUUUAGCAAGGAUGAGUAUUAAAGAUAUUGGAUCUAUUAAGAAAUUAUUAAGGAUUGUUUAUUUACCUUUGGAUAUAUUCCUUGAUAUUUUACAUGUGGGGAUUAAUUUGAAUUUAGAAUUAGUUUUCCCUUCAUUGUAUGAAUUAAGGAUGUUGCCUUUUAUUGGUAAUAUUCAGGCUAAUUUGAAUAAUUUUAUUGAUUUUACAUUGAAUGAUGUUUUUAAUCAUAUAAGAACUUCAAAAAUGGAUACUUGUACUCCUGGAAGAUCAAUUAUAUUCCUAUCAUCAAAUUCAUUAAUUUGUAAAAUCUUAAAUUGGAAACAACCAAAUUUCCCUGUGUUUUUACUUAUGAAUGGUAUAACUUAUAAUUCCAAACAAGGGAAAUUCGAAUCACGAACCACUAAUGGAUUAUUAAUUGAUGAUCUCAAGAAAUGGAAAUCUCCAGGUCAUGAAUCAAUAAUUAGGACCACUACACCCACCGCCUCCACUACCACCACUACCAGUGAACAUCAUGAAGAUCAAGAAUCAAUUCAGAUCUCUCGAAUGGCAGAUCAAUAUCAAGAAUUCGCAACCCGUUCCAUCAAAGAAGCAGUCAAUUUCACAAUCAAUAAUAAUUUAAUCGGAUUAGUCACUUCAAUUCAUUUAUUAAACCUAGUUCCUAAACUCAUUCCCUUGAUUCGAUCAAGAGGAUUGGUUUUGGUUGCAAGUAGUGAUGUCACCGAUGAUGAGAAUGAAGAAUGUAUUCAAAAAGAAUUGGAUUCUUAUACGAAGACUGAAAUUAAUGGAUUGAGGUUUAAUGAUGUUUUGAGUUUUAAAGAGGAUAUAUCGGUAUAG